AUGAGCAGAUCGCCACUGGGCUUUCAANGUCUGCCAGUGAUGGAGCUGACGGAGCUGCCUAAGUGCACCGUGUGCCUGGAGAGGAUGGACGAGUCGGUCAACGGCAUCCUCACCACUCUCUGCAACCACAGCUUUCACAGCCAGUGUCUCCAGCGGUGGGAAGAUGCCUCGUGUCCUGUGUGUAGGUACUGUCAAACACCAGAACCAGUGGAAGAGAACAAGUGCUUUGAGUGUGGAGUGCAGGAGAACCUGUGGAUUUGUUUGAUCUGCGGGCACAUUGGCUGCGGUCGCUACGUCAGCAUGCAUGCUUACAAGCACUUUGAGGAAACACAGCAUACCUACGCUAUGCAGCUCACCAACCACCGGGUCUGGGACUACGCAGGAGAUAACUACGUGCAUCGGCUGGUGGCCAGUAAGACAGACGGGAAGAUGGUGCAGUACGAGUGUGAGGGAGACACCUGCCACGCUGAGAAGAUUGAUGCCCUUCAACUAGAGUACUCGUACCUGCUGACGAGUCAACUGGAGUCUCAGAGGAUCUACUGGGAGAAUAAGAUCGUUCAUCUGGAGAAGGAGACAACAGAGGAGAUAACCAACAUGAAGGUUAAAUUUAAGGAGACCCUGGAGCGUUGCGAUAACUUAGAGCGACGCUUUGGAGAAAUGGGCAAAGAGAAGCAGAGCAUCGAGAAAAAGUGCACUCAGCUGAACAGCCGGGUGGUGAAGCUGAGCCAGGAGCUGAUGGAGGAGCAGGAGAUGAACCGCUGCCUGAGAGCCAAUCAGACUGAGCUGCAGGCCACGCUGGCUGAGGAGGCGCACAAAGCGAAGGAGAGCGUUGGAUGUAAGGACGUGGCGAUAUCAGAGCUGCAGGAGCAGCUGAGGGACGUGAUGUUCUAUCUGGAGGCGCAGCAGCAGAUCGAGCACCUUCCCCCAGAGGCCCGCAGCGAAAUCCAGGAGGGACAGAUCAACAUCGGGGCCGGCCCGUCAGAAGGGGCCGGAGCAGAGCCCCCCUCGAGCCGGGGCAGGAGGGGCCGGGGCAGGAAGAGGAAGUAGGCGGCAGUUAAACCUACUGGAACAUGCUAGAAUAUAUCGCUGCCUCUCAGAGUGGACACAUGGCUGAGCUUUGUCCUUUUGUGAACGUCUGCUUCAUCAUUGGUGUUCCCUAGAAAGAGGGAAAAUGACUCAUCUCCUGGAAGAAAGAUUAAAUAUUCACCUUUACCUUCUCCACUCCCCAUCUAAACUCAAUGUAGCUUCCACAGAAAGAGAAUGUGGGCGGAUGACACGCUCAUUAAAGAGACUGCUUUCCAAAGUAUAUGAAACAUCCGUGUGAUGCAAAUAUAUUCCGCUGUACCCAAAUCUCAAGAGAGCUACUUUCAUUUGUUCCCGGUUUAAUACCCUGUUGUACUACUUCUUGUCAUAGACGGCUUUUAUAUAUUUUUUGUUUUCUUUCACAUCAGCACAUUUUUGUCAAAGAGAAGCAGAUGGAUGAAUGUUUGCUUUGUGUUUAAACAAAAUGAUCUUUUCCUAAAUUUGUACGCUUUUCUUGUCUAUUCGGUCAAAUGCACACGAUUUGGUCUUCAAAAUGAUUUCUGAAAAGCUUCCAAAACUAACAGUGAACACUACUCAGGAUGACGAAGAUAAACAGGAGGAACGUUAAUAUGCUUUCUCUGGGCCGUCAGGUUGAUGGCUGCUGGAAAGUCCGGGGGCAGAGCCAGAGCGUUCCCACUAACAGGAAGCUCUCUGAAAGAGCACGAAUCAUGUUUCCCUUCUAUCAAUCUAGGUCAAUGAUUCCUAAACAGGUGUAUGUUUACCUACCAGUGACUUCCUGAUAAAUGCAGUAGUACCCACGGACCUCGGGCAAGCAGUUAGACAAGAAACUAAUCUGCAGAUGAAUCGAUAAUGAGCCAUAUUUGGCAGCCCUAGUUUUAAAUGUUUAUAUAAACGUGGUUUAAAAGGUGUAAACUAGCUCAUCAUUUAAAAGCUCUUUACUGAUAAUGCAUUGGAAAUAACACUCCACUAAUGUAAAAUGACACGCAGUAGUGGCACUUUGCUUUUAAUACUUCCUUAAAUUAAGUAUAUUUUGCUGCAAAUACUUUCAAAUUAAAGUAAGAUUCUAAGUGCAGGAAUGACAGCUUUUUAUUAUUAUUAUUAUUAUUAUUAUUCCCACUUUGGCUUAUGUUGUGGACAAACUAAUCGUCCGGCAUAUGUGAGCUUCAGGUUUGGAAACUGCAGAUCUAGGCCAUGUUUUAUGUGAGCCUGUACAUCUGUCCUGUAUACAAAGCACCGAUCACAAUCUAUUUUGGAAACAUUGGACUGGUCUAUAUGACCUUAACUACGACGCUGAGCAAGAUGUCAGAAGGAGAAGGGUCUGCUUUCACUCUUUUAAAGGAUUUCUGCUUGUCCUUGUGAUAUUCAUUACUUAGUUAAACAUUUCAACUUGCAGACUAUUCCUGUAAAAGCGUUAGAUUGACCCAAAAGGCCUUAAAUCUGAACUUCGGUGUAGCAAUGACAAACUUUUAAUUCGCUAAUAAAGUUGUUUAAGUUGAUACCACAUAUCAAUAUUCUCAUUUAUAUUUAAGUAUUUCACAAAAUUCUGAAUUAUUUUACUUGGUAUAUCUGAUGUGCCAGAGAGUAACUGUCACUUUAUAUGUAGGUUUGUUUUGAUCGUUUUCUUAGUGUAUUUGCACAAGCUACAGAAACAAUAAACCUGGACAGGACAAUUUCAGUACAUAAGGAAAUAUCUUUUAAAAUGUGUUUUUCUUUCAUGUUGGCUCUGAAAUCACGCUCCAAAGUUCAAUAAAUGGUUUUCUAAAGUC